GCGUCUUCACCAGAGUCACUACAGAAGUCCUGCACACAACUAUUUUGGACAGCUGUUGAACUACACGCGUGUACAAUCUAAACUCGAUGUGAACAUGCCGGGCAAGUUGUCUUACGAAGCCCAAAACUUUCUCUGAACUACAUUCAACUUUGAACGUUUUUUUUCCAAGACGUUUUGCAUCGGACCAUCCGCAGGUUUUCAAUUCCAGGACCACUCCGGAUCCAUAGGACCGAACUUACAUCUGAACUGAGGGAAUCCCAUUGCGAUUCGAGUGAUCAGUAGUGACACCAAUCAUGGGCAGCAAAACUCUUCCAGCCCCGGUUCCCCUCCACCCCUCUCUGCAGCUGGCCAACUACUCCUUCCUCCAGGCCUCCAAUGGCUUCCAGCUGCCAACGGACCAGGUCCCUGGCAUCUAUAGCUUCAGCGCACUGCACGCCAUCCACCUCCACCAGUGGACCCUGGGCUACCCUCCCUUUGGUGUCCCCCGCUGCACUUUCUCCAAGCUCCCAGCCCUGAUGGAUGGCCGCUUCCCCGGCUUGCCUUCCAUCCCUAUCUUCCCCCACCUGGUCCAGCACAAGGACCAGGCCACUGCGGCCGCCACAGCAGCUACCGCCAUGAAUCUCCUUCAGGGCUCCAAGAACAAGCCCCAGCCACGCUUCGACUUCGCCAACCUAGCCACCGCCGCCACCCAGGAGGACCCGCUGAAGGCAGAGGACCUGAGCAUAACAGGAGCAGCCGCCACUACUUCUCCUCGCCAUGGCGGGCUAGGCUGUCUCAUAGAUGUAGCCAAGCUGUCGUCGCCCGAGCGCAAGCCUAGCCGUGGUCGCCUUCCCUCCAAGACCAAGAAGGAGUUUGUGUGCAAGUUCUGCGGCCGCCACUUCACCAAGUCCUACAACCUGCUUAUCCACGAGCGGACGCACACGGACGAGAGGCCGUACACCUGUGACAUCUGUCACAAGGCUUUCCGGAGGCAGGACCACCUCCGAGACCACAGGUACAUCCAUUCCAAAGAGAAGCCUUUCAAGUGCCAGGAGUGUGGAAAGGGAUUUUGUCAGUCCAGAACUCUAGCUGUCCACAAAACGCUGCACAUGCAGGUGAAGGAACUAAAGCCAUCCAAGAUUAAGUGAUGUCAAUACAUAAAAAAGAGACUAGGGGACACUGGAAACAAUACGAGUGAAGACUAAAAAGGAGAACAAGACAAAAUGACCAAAGACAGGGGACAUUGUGGAGCUGACCAAAGACGGAGGGACAUUGUGGAGCUGACCAAAGACAGGGGACAUUGUGGAGCAAACCAAAGACAGGGGACAUCGUGGAGCUGACCAAAGACAGGGGACAUUGUGGAGCUGACCAAAGACAGGGGACAUUGUGGAGCUGACCAAAGACAGGGGACAUUGUGGAGCUGACCAAAGACAGGGGACAUUGUGGAGCUGACCAAAGACGGAGGGACAUUGUGGAGCUGACCAAAGACAGGGGACAUUGUGGAGCUGACCAAAGACUGGGGAUAUUGUGGAGCUGACCAAAGACAGGGGACAUUGUGGAGCUUACCAAAGACAGGGGACAUUGUGGAGCUGACCAAAGGUAGGGGACUUUGUGGACCUGAUCAAAGACGGGGGACAUUGUGGAGCUGACCAAAGACAGGGGACAUUGUGGAGCUGACCAAAGACGGGGACAUUGUGGAGCUGACCAAAGACGGGGGACAUUAUGGAGCUGACCAAAGACAGGGGACAUUGUGGAGCUGACCAAAGACGGGGGACAUUGUGGAGCUGACCAAAGACAGGGGGACAUUGUGGAGCUGACCAAAGACAGAGGACAUUGUGGAGCUGACCAAAGACAGGGGACAUUGUAGAGCUGACCAAAGACAGGGGACAUUGUGGAGCUGACCAAAGACAGGGGGACAUUGUGGAGCUGACCAAAGACAGGGGACAUUGUGGAGCUGACCAAAGGUAGGGGACUUUGUGGACCUGAUCAAAGACGGGGGACUUUGUGGAGCUGACCAAAGACAGGGGGACAUUGUGGAGCUGACCAAAGACAGGGGACAUUGUGGAGCUGACCAAAGACAGGGGACAUUGUGGAGCUGACCAAAGAUAGGGGACUUUGUGGAGCUGACCAAAGACGGAGGGACAUUGUGGAGCUGACCAAAGACAGGGGACAUUGUGGAGCUGACCAAAGACAGGGGACAUUGUGGAGCUGACCAAAGAUAGGGGACUUUGUGGAGCUGACCAAAGACGGAGGGACAUUGUGGAGCUGACCAAAGACGGAGGGACAUUGUGGAGCUGACCAAAGACAGGGGACAUUGUGGAGCUGACCAAAGACAGGGGACAUUAUGGAGCUGACCAAAGAUAGGGGACUUUGUGGAGCUGACCAAAGACAGGGGACUUUGUGGAGCUGACCAAAGACAGGGGACUUUGUGGAGCUGACCAAAGACAGGGGACUUUGUGGAGCUGACCAAAGACGGGGACAUUGUGGAGCUGACCAAAGACGGGGGACAUUAUGGAGCUGACCAAAGACAGGGGACAUUGUGGAGCUGACCAAAGACGGGGGACAUUGUGGAGCUGACCAAAGACAGGGGGACAUUGUGGAGCUGACCAAAGACAGAGGACAUUGUGGAGCUGACCAAAGACAGGGGACAUUGUAGAGCUGACCAAAGACAGGGGACAUUGUGGAGCUGACCAAAGACAGGGGACAUUGUGGAGCUGACCAAAGACAGGGGACAUUGUGGAGCUGACCAAAGACAGGGGACAUUGUGGAGCUGACCAAAGACGGAGGGACAUUGUGGAGCUGACCAAAGACAGGGGACAUUGUGGAGCUGACCAAAGACUGGGGAUAUUGUGGAGCUGACCAAAGACAGGGGACAUUGUGGAGCUUACCAAAGACAGGGGACAUUGUGGAGCUGACCAAAGGUAGGGGACUUUGUGGACCUGAUCAAAGACGGGGGACAUUGUGGAGCUGACCAAAGACAGGGGACAUUGUGGAGCUGACCAAAGACGGGGACAUUGUGGAGCUGACCAAAGACGGGGGACAUUAUGGAGCUGACCAAAGACAGGGGACAUUGUGGAGCUGACCAAAGACGGGGGACAUUGUGGAGCUGACCAAAGACAGGGGGACAUUGUGGAGCUGACCAAAGACAGAGGACAUUGUGGAGCUGACCAAAGACAGGGGACAUUGUAGAGCUGACCAAAGACAGGGGACAUUGUGGAGCUGACCAAAGACAGGGGGACAUUGUGGAGCUGACCAAAGACAGGGGACAUUGUGGAGCUGACCAAAGGUAGGGGACUUUGUGGACCUGAUCAAAGACGGGGGACUUUGUGGAGCUGACCAAAGACAGGGGGACAUUGUGGAGCUGACCAAAGACAGGGGACAUUGUGGAGCUGACCAAAGACAGGGGACAUUGUGGAGCUGACCAAAGAUAGGGGACUUUGUGGAGCUGACCAAAGACGGAGGGACAUUGUGGAGCUGACCAAAGACAGGGGACAUUGUGGAGCUGACCAAAGACAGGGGACAUUGUGGAGCUGACCAAAGAUAGGGGACUUUGUGGAGCUGACCAAAGACGGAGGGACAUUGUGGAGCUGACCAAAGACGGAGGGACAUUGUGGAGCUGACCAAAGACAGGGGACAUUGUGGAGCUGACCAAAGACAGGGGACAUUAUGGAGCUGACCAAAGAUAGGGGACUUUGUGGAGCUGACCAAAGACAGGGGACUUUGUGGAGCUGACCAAAGACAGGGGACUUUGUGGAGCUGACCAAAGACAGGGGACUUUGUGGAGCUCAAGUGCCUGGAACAUAGAAUGAGUAGAACAUCUCUGAACUUGAACCAAAGUGAUAGAAAAAGUUAAAUGUUCACCAACAAUUCACCAGCCAAGGAAGGAAGCUGUUGUGCUCAUCGUGAGGAACGAUUCUUCAGAGAGAUUUGAAAAUCCUGGAUCUCUAUGAUGUAUCCAGACAAUAUCCAGGAGCACCUUGUACCAGAUCUAAGUUGUUUUCCCACAUUUAGUUAAGAGAUAAUUAGGCUUAAUGACUUUGAGGCAGUGUAUUGGUUGGGCAUGAUGAAGCCCAAUGGGGCGAAUGGAUCAUACAUCAUAGAUGUAUGGAAUGUGAUCUUGACCUCUCUGACAAAGUUGACCUCUCAGACAUUCCGAAAGACUCUUGCUUUUGAUCAAAAUUACAUUUUUUUGUAAGGGACAUUUACAAGUCUGAAGCAGUCUUUGUAAAAAACAAUACAAACAAAAAAACAACUAAAUUGGUUAAAGUCACGUCAGCGUAACGUUAUUCCACUUCCAAAGCUUACAUUCCAAUGUUAUUUUUUUUUGUAUAAUUGUAUUUUUUGCACUUUAACCUGAUUAUUGAUUAUUUACAUAUAUCACUGGAUUCCUAAAACUUAUUUUGAGAAAAUAAAUAGUAAUUUUCUAAACAAAAUCUA